GGAUCCAUGUUCGUUGUCCAAAACCAAACAUUUCAGUAUUCGGUGAUUCGUGAAUAAAUGUAAACAGACGUAAAAAUUGUUCAAACAUUUAAUGGUGUUCUACAGUAAUUGUGUAGAGUUUCUAAUUCAAAAUGAAACUUAUGUGUAAUGUCGAGGUUCAUUGUCGACUGCUCACUACGAUUAAUAUUCGUUCGAGGAAAAAAGGUCAACGUGGGUGUUUAACAAUUGCGAGACCCACUGUAAAAAACAAUGAGCUUGUUUUGUUCUUGCAGACAAUGACAAAUAAAUUAGGAACAAAGUACAAGAUCGACGACAACAUCGAAAAAAUUUUUACGAAAUUCGUCAAUGAUGGGAAAGCAACAAUCAGAUUAAAAGAACCGCCUCAUGAUUUAAUUAUUCAGAGUGACGUUGUACAAUUGAAAAGCUUUCUUCAUGUACUCAAACUUGGCUUACUGAAAAAACUUGAUCCUGCUGUUCUCUCCGUCUCCAACAUGAAUCCAAAAACUUUUACCACCCAAAAGACUAAAGUAGUAAUAACCAAAAAAGCAGACUAUCCUGUUUUAGAAGGGUUUCCUAGAACAACUGAAAUUCUGCAUUUGGCUAAAUUGGAAAGAAAAUCAUUUGACCGACAAAUUCUUAGGUUACAAAGCUUAAAGAUAUUGGAUCUUAGUGAAAAUCAAUUAUCUAGUCUACCCAAUGAACUUGGCACUCUACCAAACUUGACAGAAUUGCAUCUUGCUUCUAACCGUUUGAAAUUUGAUUUGUCAUCCAAAUCCACUUGGCUGGAUGGGACAAACAUUCGUAAAAACUUAAAAUUGUUGGACAUCAGUUCUAACGAGAUAUCUCACCUGCCGAGUCAAAUAGGACGAUUGCGUUCGCUGGUGACCCUAAAAAUGACUGAUAAUUUAUUGAGAACCUUACCGCAAAGCAUGGGAAAUUUGAUGUCCUUGAAGUUCUUGAAUGUCAAGAGGAACUUGUUGGACUGUUUGCCUGGGAGCAUGUUGAAUUUACAUGUGGAAGACUUCAACCUAUCAUCGAACCCUUUUGGUUGGCAACCGCGGCUGAACGAAAAUCAUAUCGAGGGUGUUCCUAAAUUGACUGAAAUUGCAGCGCGUUCAGUAGUAAAUCUGAGAAUCAGUUAUGACAGUAGCACCGUUCCUUUGACUCUGGUAGAAUAUUUGGAUGGUGCAAAAUUCUGUCCGUGUGGAAAGGCCUGUUUUGAAUCAUACGUACGACGAUUGAUGGAAAUGAAUGUUCACCAAGUGGCAGCAGCUGUUACCUCUUCACUAAACUCGUCAUAUACACACUUCGAUAUGUACUUUUGUUGUGGAAAUUGCGUCAGGCGUUACACACCGCGGUAGUUCAGAUUGACAUCGUCAAGAAUUUUAAAUUAAAAAAAAAACGAUUUUUUACCACCGAUUACGUGUAGCUCAUAAGUUAUGUAUUUUUAUAAACGCCCGAGGGGUUUCGACAUAAAAAUCAUAUUUUCAUGAA